GUAGUGCAGUCUAGGCCUCCGCCUCCGUUACCCUGGAGCCCAGGUUACGGCCGCUGCCACCCAGGAUCCGCGGUCCACGCCCCUGUCCCAUCCCUGUGUUCAAACCUCCCGCAGCCUGGCAACCUCGGCACCCGCCCCGCAGCCUCCGCAGGAGCCAGGCACCCACUCUUUGGCGGCCAGACGCCGAGGCCCCAGGUGGGAGUUCGGUCCUAAGAGGGAAGGCAAGAGGCGGGACGCCGCAUCGGCUCUGCGGAAGAGCUGGCGGGUUGGAGAAAUGGAAUCAGGCAUUUCACGAGGAACUUUAGGUUCUUUCAAUGGGAAGUGGCAUAUAGACACUACUUCUGGGUUCUAGGAAUGUUCCUAGUUUUUUCCUUGUUUCUGGGAUUUUUCAGUGAACAAAGGCAAAAAAGUUUAUCUUCUGGAUGCUAAUGUGAAUUGUGGUCUACAAAUACAUUGUGGAGAAAAUAGAUUGCACAGAAAUGAAUAUUAUCAGGAUCUGAAGACUGUGAAAAUGUUUUUCAGUAUUGUCAUAGUCUCCUCUGGAGAAAAUAAUCUGUGAAACUAUGUGAAUAGAAACCAUUUUUCAAAACAAUGGGGGAAAGAGCAAGAAGUCCAGGUACUGAUCAAGAAAGAAAGUCAGGCAAACACCAUUGUUCUUAUUCAUCUGAUUUUGAAACGCCACAGUCUUCUGGCCGAUCAUCACUGGUCAGUUCUUCACCUGCAAGUGUUAAGAGAAAAAAUCCUAAAAGACAAACUUCAGAUGGCCAAGUACAUCACCAAGCCCCUCGGAAACCAAGCCCUAAGGGUCUACCAAACAGAAAGGGAGUCCGAGUGGGAUUUCGCUCCCAGAGCCUCAAUAGAGAGCCACUUCGGAAAGAUACUGAUCUUGUUACAAAACGGAUUCUGUCUGCAAGACUGCUAAAAAUCAAUGAGUUGCAGAAUGAAGUAUCUGAACUCCAGGUCAAGUUAGCUGAGCUGCUAAAAGAAAAUAAAUCUUUGAAAAGGCUUCAGUACAGACAGGAGAAAGCCCUGAAUAAGUUUGAAGAUGCUGAAAAUGAAAUCUCACAGCUUAUAUUUCGUCAUAACAAUGAGAUUACAGCACUCAAAGAACGCUUAAGAAAAUCUCAAGAGAAAGAACGGGCAACUGAGAAAAGGGUAAAAGAUACAGAAAGUGAACUAUUUAGGACAAAAUUUUCCUUACAGAAACUGAAAGAGAUCUCUGAAGCUAGACACCUACCUGAACGAGAUGAUUUGGCAAAGAAACUAGUUUCAGCAGAGUUAAAGUUAGAUGACACAGAGAGAAGAAUUAAGGAACUAUCAAAAAACCUUGAGCUGAGUACUAACAGUUUCCAACGACAGUUGCUUGCUGAAAGGAAAAGGGCAUAUGAGGCUUAUGAUGAAAAUAAAGUUCUUCAAAAGGAGAUACAGCGACUAUAUCACAAAUUAAAGGAAAAGGAGAGAGAACUGGAUAUAAAAAAUAUAUAUUCUAAUCGUCUGCCAAAGUCCUCUCCAAAUAAAGAAAAAGAACUUGCAUUAAGAAAAAAUGCUGCAUGCCAGAGUGAUUUUGCAGACCUGUGUACAAAAGGAGUACAAACGACGGAAGACUUCAAGCCAGAAGAAUAUCCUUUAACACCAGAAACAAUUAUGUGUUAUGAAAACAAAUGGGAAGAACCAGAACAUCUUACUUUGGACUUGCAGUCUCAGAAGCAAGAUGGGCAUGGAGAAGCAGGGAUUCUAAACCCAAUUGUGGAAAGAGAGGAAAAUUUUGUUAAAGGUGAAGAACUCCAUGUCGUAAAACAGGAGGUUGAAAAGCUGGAGGAUGAAUGGGAAAGAGAAGAACUUGAUAAAAAGCAAAAAGAAAAGACAUAUUUACUGGAAAGAGAAGAAAAGCCAGAGUGGGAAGCUGGAAAGUACCAACUAGAAAUAUAUCAAAUUCAGAAUAUGGAUAAAUUGCAAAGAGAGGAAGAAGAAAGACUGAAGAGAGAAAUGCUACUUGCUAAACUGAAUGAAAUUGACAGAGAACUCCAAGAUUCUCGAAAUCUAAAAUACCCUGUUUUGCCAUUGUUACCUGAUUUUGAGUCAAAACUACACUCCCCAGAGAGAAGCCCCAAAACAUACAGGUUGUCUGAAUCCUCAGAGAGGUUAUUUAAUGGGCAUCAUUUGCAAGACAUCGAUUUCUCACCUCCAAAACGAGAAGGUCAAAAUUCAGGAAAUGUUAGAAGUCCAGCCUCCCCUAAUGAGUUUGCAUUUGGUAGCUAUGUGCCUUCAUUUGCAAAAACAUCAGAGAGGUCAAAUCCAUUUAGUCAAAAAAGUAGUUUUUUGGAUUUCCAAAGAAACAGUAUGGAAAAACUUAGUAAAGAUGGUGUAGAUUUAAUUACAAGAAAAGAGAAAAAAGCUAAUUUGAUGGAACAGUUAUUUGGUGCCAGUGGUAGCAGCACCAUUUCCUCCAAAAGCAGUGACCCAAAUUCUGUGGCUUCCGGUAAAGGAGACAUUGACCCUGUAAAUUUUCUCCCUGGGGAUAAAGGCAGCAGAGAUCGAGAACAUGAUGAAGAUGAAGACUUUUUCCUCAAUGAAGGAAGAAGUUUUAAUCCAAAUAGACACCGAUUAAAACAUGCAGAUGAUAAACCAGCAGUAAAAGCAGUUGAUUCUGUAGAAGAUGAAAUUGAAGAAGUAGCACUGAGAUGACUGACUGGAGUAUACAUUUUUCCUAAUUGUAAAUAUUGAAAUAUUUUAAUACAGUGUUUAUUAUAAACAUUUACACUUUUUAAUGCUACAACGUCCUUAUUAAGGAAUGAUUUUUAGUAGCUAAAUACAAUGCAGUUAAAAAGAAGUAGAUCAUACAUACACCACAUAGAUAGUUUGCCAAGAAUGAAGGAGGCUUUUUUGAAUGAAACCAAAAAUAAAAAUGUAUCUUGAAAAAUGAAAUAGAUUUUAACUCUUCAACCAGUGCUAUGGCAAGUUUAACUGCACUGGAGGUGGUAUUCCUUUUCUACUUUUAUCCCUAUUUAUGUAUUUUUGAUCAUAUUCUCAUUGAGCUAAAUACAGUCUUCCCACUAAUUGUUGAAUGAAAAUUAAGGGUGAAAGUCUGUGUUGGGAAGUGUAGCUCCAGAUGGUGGAGAACGAGUGCUUCUUAGGAGCCCUUCCCUUUAUGGAUAGGGCCAGGGGUCCCUAUCUUACAUGGCAAUGCUGAGCUACUCUUGAAUGAUAGCAGUCACAACACUGGGAUUUCCCAUUCCUCUGAAAGUACCCACAGCUAAACACUACUCAUUUCCCAAUUUCAGUAUUUACUGAAAUCACUUACCUACAAUUCUGUUAGAAUAUUACAUUGAGUUCAGAAGACAUUUCUCUGUUUGCAAGGACAGUUGCUGUCUGUCAUAGCCCCCAGAAGCUUGGAUACAGUGUAAUUCCUCUCCUUGUUCUCCUACAUUCUUUGUAUCUCAGUGACUGGGUGUAAGAUUUCAUGCCAAAUGCAAGGAAUAGUAGAAAUACAUACCAACUACAAAGAAUAGAAGAAACUUUAUCCCAAUAUAUUACAGAAAGAUCUUCAGUUCAAUUAUAUUUCCAGAGUAAUGUAAUUUGGAAAUGUUAAUGCUUUUAAGAUUUGAACUUGUCCUCAAACCAAGGAAACAACAAUAGUGUAAUACUAUUGGACUUACAGGACUAGUUUUAAAGUAACUUUGUAGAGAAGAUUUUUAGACAUAGGACUUCUGCCUUGCUGACUAGAGUGGAUAGUUUUCUGUUUAAACGCAUUGGUCUUUUGGCUGUUUGUAAUUCACUUUGGCUUAUAGAGAAGUUGAUGAGCUUGGAUCAUGCUGGGUAUGAUUGGUCUUUAAAAAGCAGUAAUAUACCACCAACCAAGGAGAAAACACUGUUAAAAUGAAGAGUGGUGGAAAUAGUGUGUUGGGAAGAAUAAAAAAUUUAGAUUGGCACUUAUUCUAAAGUCAGCUGUUUUUUUCAAGAAUUUACUAGCGUUUGCUCGUAGUAUGAUUUCUGAUGCCAGACAUACAUACUGAUGAGGGGAAGGCAUUACUGUGUUAAUUCUGAGUUCUUAUAAAUGCAUAUUAUUGAAUUUCGUUGCAUGACUAUUUAUGAAGACUUACCUGGUUAGGUCUCCAAUUAAUAGAUGUACCACCUAUCAUCUUCUAAAUUGUGUUCCUUUCAUUUAUUGGGAACAGAAUAUCUCAAAAGUGCUAUACUAUAUUAAAAAGUUUUCUUAAUAGAUUUGUACAUCUGAUAUGUGUAACCAUUUACUAUAAUAUGUUGCAAAUCAUUCUAAUAUAUGUAAAACAAUAUUAUUUGUAAUGCAGUUCUUGGUAAAAUAUUAUGUAAUGUUAAUUUUGUUCCUAGCUGCUAAUUUUUCUGCCAAAAGUAUUCUAAUUUUUAGUUUGUUUUAAAGGCUUUUAAAACUUUUUAGCUAAGUUUUUUAUUCAGGUCAUUUAACCUAAUUUUUUGCUUUUUUUCUACCUGAUGAUCUCUUUAACCAGAUGCAAGAAGACAGAAUUAUUAAAAUUAAACCUAAAGUUAAGUUAUAGAUGUAAAGGCAUUAUGAUAUUAAGCAUUAAAAUUGGAAAUUAAAAUGUACAAAACAGGGUUUUCUUUAUGAACAAACCUUAGAGGGUAAAUUGUUUUUUUCUAAAUGUCAUUAAAUUUAUUUGUACUCAGAACUCUUACUAAUAAAAAUUAAAAAUGUACUAUGACUCUUUAUUUGAGUGAUAUCUGAAGUUACUUAGAAAAUAUGUAAUGGAAACAGGACCUGCAGGGUUAAUUUUUGUUUCAUUAUACACCUUUUUUUAUGUUCAGUAUUUUUAGUUGAAGUAGAUGAAUCUGCUCUAGAUCAGGUUAGACAGUAUGCUAGUCUUAUCAGAUAAUUAUAGUUUUAAUUAAUCCUUUCACCGUUAAUGGCUAUCAUAAUGGCAUAUAUUGCUCAUAUUUUUUUUUUACAAAAGGUGAGGGUAAAGAGGAUUAAAUUGAAUUGUGAAAUAAACACAAAUUCAUUCCA